AGGCGAGGGUCAGCACCGUGACGCCUUUCACUUCCGGGUGAGCGCCAGCGGGCGCCAUAUUGUCUUGUCCGUGAAGACGAGGAGUGAUAGCGGGGGCAGCGCGGCCGCGGAGCGGCGGCACCGGCGGCAGUGAGAGGCGGGGGAGCGCUUGAAAUAUAGACUAUAUAAAGACUUAAAAGAUGUGGGAUCAAGGUGGACAACCUUGGCAGCAAUGGCCUUUGAACCAACAGCAGUGGAUGCAGUCAUUUCAGCACCAGCAAGAUCCAAGCCAGAUUGACUGGGCUGCAUUAGCUCAAGCAUGGAUUGCUCAGCGAGAAGCCUCAGGGCAACAGAAUGUGGUGGAACAACAAGGAAUGAUGCCAAACGGACAGGAUAUUUCAGGAAUAGAGUCUGGUCCAAACAACCAUAAUAAUUUUCAGGGGGAUCCCAAUUUCAACAGAAUGUGGCAGCCAGAAUGGGGAAUGCCUCACCAACCCCCUCACCCACCUCCAGAUCAGCAGUGGAUGACUCCAACCCCCCCAGGUCAAAUGGAAAUUGUUCCUCCAUCGGAAGACAGCAACAGUCAGGACAGUGGGGAAUUUACUCCUGACAACAGGCAUAUGUUUAACCAGAACAAUCACAACUUUGGGGGACCUCCUGAUAACUUUGCAAUGGGGCCAGUGAACCAGUUUGACUAUCAGCAUGGGGCUGCUUUUGGUCCACCCCAAGGUGGAUUUCACCCACCUUAUUGGCAGCCAGGACCACCAGGGCCACCAGGUCCUCCAGCACCUCCUGCACCUACUCAGAAUCGGAGGGAAAGACCCUCAUUCAGAGAUCGACAGCGUUCACCUAUUGCGAUGCCUGUGAAGCAGGAGCCUCCCCAGAUUGAUGCUGUGAAGCGUAGAACUCUGCCUGCCUGGAUUCGUGAGGGCCUGGAAAAGAUGGAAAGAGAAAAACAGAAAAAAUUGGAAAAAGAAAGAAUGGAGCAGCAACGUUCACAGAUGUCUAAAAAAGAGAAAAAGGAAAGUGAGGAGGCUGAAGAAGGGGAUGGCCCACGGUUACCUCAGAGAAGUAAAUUUGACAGUGAUGAGGAAGAUGAAGAUGCUGAAAACACAGAAGCUGUAAGUGUUGGGAAAAUCAGCAGGAGUCCAUCCCCAGCUCCUCAAGAGGAGCAAAGUGAACCAGAAAUGACAGAAGAAGAAAAGGAGUAUCAAAUGAUGAUGCUGACAAAAAUGCUGCUGACAGAGAUUCUCUUAGAUGUCACAAAUGAAGAAAUCUAUUAUGUGGCCAAAGAUGUUCACCGUAAAGCAACUAAAGCUCCUGCAAAACAGCUGGCACAGUCCAGUGCACUGGCUUCCCUCACUGGACUCGGUGGACUGGGUGGUUAUGGAUCAGGAGACAGUGAAGAUGAGAGGAGUGACAGAGGCUCUGAAUCAUCUGAUACUGAUGAUGAGGAAUUACGACACAGAAUAAGGCAAAAACAGGAAGCGUUUUGGAGAAAAGAGAGAGAACAGCAACUACUACUAGAAAAACAGCUAGAAGAAGAAAAGCUACAAAACGAAAAAGUUUCAAAAGAGAUGAAUGAAUUUAUCAACAAAGAACAGAAUAGUAACUUAGCAUCACAGGAGGCAAAAGAAAUUGAAGCAGAUAUGGUUCAUGAAAAGAAGAGAUCUCCAAAUGCAAUUGCACCUGAUGUAGAACUCAAGAAAGAGGGUAAAGAGAGGACAGGAAGGAGUGGGUCAAGAAGCUCUAGCAGUGGUAGCAGCAGCAGCAAUAGCAGGAGCAGCAGCAGUAGCAGCACAGUAUCCAGUUCAUCGUAUAGCACUAGCUCAGGUAGUAGUCGCAGCACUUCACGUUCUUCCUCUCCCAAAAGGAAGAAGAGACACAGUCGCAGUAGGACGCCAUCACAUAAAGUUAGGCGCAGUAGAAGCAGGAGUUACUCCCACAGAAACAGGAGAGAGAGGAGUAGGAGCAGGGAGAAAGUAAGGGAAAGGAGAAGAUCUAGUAGAAAUCACAGUGCUGAAAGGGGGGAGAGGCGGAGAAAUCGGAGUCCUUCGAGAGAGAGAAGCUGGGAUAGACGUAGAAGCGGCAGCCGCUCAAGAGACCGGCGAGCCAACCGUGCAAGCCGCAGCAGGAGCAGGGACAGGCGUAAAGCCGAAGACCAGCGUAGAAGCCCUACUGGAAAUAGGCACAAACAUAAAAGUGAGGGUAAAGAUCAAGAAAGGAAGAAGGAGCAGGGUGGAGGUGUAGAUAAAGACAAAAAAAAGAACAGAGAAAGGGAGAGAGAUCAGGAAAAAAGAAAAGAUAAGCCCAAAAAAGAGGAAAAAGAAAGUAAGGCUGGCAAUCAUGAUGACAGUAGAUUAAAGAGAAAAAGAGACAGCGAAAGAACUUUCUCUCGCAGUGAUUCAAUAUGUGUGAAAAUAAUAAGACAGGAUUCCAGACAAGAAAGCAAAAAAAUUACUACCAAAGAUAGCAAAAAACGAUCAGGCUCUGAAUCUAGUGCAAGGAGUAGUUCUGAAUCACCAGGAAGCAGUAAAGAAAAGAAGGCUAAGAAAUCGAAGCAUAUUCGGUCAUGCUCCAUGGAGAAAUCUCAAAGGUCUGGUAAGAAGGCAAGCCGCAAACACAAGUCUAAGUCACGAUCAAGAUCAACAACUCCUCUUCGUCGUAAACGCUGAGGAAUUUAUGGCACCAGUGCUAUGACGUUUAAAAAUUCCAUGAGUUAUAAAAGGCUUGUCUCAUUAUAGAGGCACAUUGUGGCUAUGUAGGUGAAACCAGAAUCCUUUUUUUUAUUUGUAAAUAGGUGUAUUUUUUCCAAAUGCUGCUCAGAAUAAUAGGAUUUCUUUGUAUUACAUUUUUUCAAGAACGGUAGUGCUUAUUAAGACUAUAAAACAGGCCAUUCUCUUUCAGCUGUAAUGUUCUUAAAAUUACUAUUGAAUGUACUGUGAUGUCAAUAAAGCUCUUUAGUUCAUUUUUUUGUUUAAAAUUCUUGCACCUGAAUUUUGUGGUAAAUGGUAGAAAGUACUUUAAAAAAAAAGAAAAAGGCAGCUUUUUUGGUAUAACAGAUUUUUAAAGUACUUGAAAAAGAUUUAACGUGAAACACUUGUAAUCCAUGGACAUGAUAAGAUUACUUUAUUGGGGGUAUGGAAGAACAGAGAAAAGACAUAUUAUUUUUCUUUAGAUAUGUGUAAUAGAUUUUUUUAAUAACCCUUUUUUUUUUUGGUCUAGCUGGUACUAUAUGCUGUUUGUGUAAAAUAUGGGUCACUGUAAUACAAGCUAUACUUAAACCGACUGAACCCCAUUAGGAAUAUGUGCGAUUAACUGAUCUCAUGUGGCAGUGUUAAGCUCUGGAACUAUAUUCCUCACCCAGUUUUCAGAGAGAUCUUUGGAUGUUCAGGGAUAUUACACACAUCUCAGAAUUUCAGAUGUUUUUAUGGAGCAUGUUUAUAAACACUCAGUACACAAUGGAAAACUGACAAUAGGUUAACUUUACAUUUUGGCACAUGCAUGAUAUGAGUAGUGAAUAUUAAAGCUGGUUCUUAGUGUCACAAGAAUUAUGACUUGUGUAAAGCUGAUACACUGAUGUAUUAGCAAUGCCACUAAAUUUUUGAUUUUAAUAUUAUCAUAAAGUGAAAGAGGUCGCUGAUUACCGACUUAAGAAAAUUGACUACUGCUAUUAGAAACAAGAGUGUGAUAGAAGUUAAAAACCAGAAGUAAUAGAAGUUUAAAAACAAACCAACAAUACCCAACUCUAGGCCAGUGACUGUUACAGAAGAACAUAAAUCUGGGGAGAAAUCUGUGCCUAAAAGGUCUCAUAUGACACCAGUUGUGAAAAAGGUAAAAGGCUUAACAUCAAAGUAAGUUCUCUUGGAUUGUCUCUAUCUUCUAAGAAAAAGUGGUACUAGUACAGGCAACUUGGAAAGCAUGUCUUCAUGAACAGAUAAAUCCAUUUAAAUAAAUCAAAAUUCAGCUAUGCA